AUUAAUAUAUAGGAAAUCUAAUUCCUCAGGAAUUAAACCCCUGCAAAUGACUUAGUGUUUUAGCUUCUCAUAUGAGCAACCCUCAAUCAACCAUGGAAGCAGAUUUCCAAGGCUACAUUAUACUUUUCCUUGUCUCCAUGGUUCUGGUUCGAACCAUACUCACCAAAAUUCAGAACAAACCUCGGCUUCCACCAAGUCCAAUGGCCUUACCAGUCAUUGGACAUCUCCACCUCCUUGCUCCAAUUCCUCACCAAGCUUUUCACAAGCUGUCUAGCCGCUACGGUUCUUUGAUUCACAUCUUUCUUGGUUCUGUUCCUUGUUUAGUUGCUUCCUCACCAGACAUGGCCAAAGAGUUCCUCAAGACUCAUGAAGGUUCCUUCUCCAGCAGGCCUUCUAUGGCUGUUGUUGAUUACCUCGCAUAUGGAUCGUCUGAUUUUGCAUUUGCUCCUUAUGGACCUUACUGGAGAUUCAUGAAGAAACUAUGUGUUUCUGAGCUUCUUGGUGGAAGAACACUGGAUCAGCUCCUUCCCAUCCGCCGCGAAGAGUUGACAAGUUUUGUACAAUUGAUCCGAAAGAAGGCCAAGGCAGCUGAGGCUGUUGAUGUUGGAGCAGCGCUUAUGACGAUAACGAAUAAUAUCAUAACAAGAAUGACUAUGGGGCAGAGUUGGUCUACAAAUGAAAGAGACGCUGAUGUGGUCAGGAAGGUGGUGAAAGCUACUGCUGAGCUUAAAGGGAGGCUUAACUUGUCGGAUUUAAUUUGGUUUUGUAAGAACUUGGAUUUGCAGGGCUUUGGGAAAAGGGUUAAGGAAUUGCGCGAUACGUUCGAGACAAUGAUGGAGAGGGUUAUAGAGGAGCAUCAAGAGGCAAGGAAGAAAAGGAAGGAACUUGGUGAAGGUGGUGAUGCCGUUAAGGAUUUGCUUGACAUUUUACUUGACAUAUCCGAAGAUGAGACCUCAGAGUUUAGAUUGAGUAGAAUAAACAUAAAGGCCUUCAUCAUGGUACAUAACUCUGAUCUUGACACAAAAUUUCACUAUCUACAAGAAAUUGAGCUAAUCAACCACCCAGAAGUGAUGAAGAAAGCAAGACAAGAAAUUGACUCCAUAGUUGGCAAAAACAGACUAGUACAAGAAUCAGACAUUUCCAACCUUCCUUACCUACAAGCCAUAAUGAAAGAGACCCUAAGGCUUCACCCUACAAGCCCAUUAAUUGCCAGAGAGUCAACUGAAGCCUGCAACAUUGUUGGCUAUGAGAUUCCAGCAAAAACCAGAUUGUAUGUGAAUGUGUGGGCUAUCAACAGAGACCCGAACCACUGGGAGAAGCCAUUGGAGUUCGAGCCGGAGAGGUUUAUGACUGAAGAGGGAAGUCUGAAAAGCCAGUUAGAUAUGAGGGGACAACAUUUUCAUAUGUUGCCAUUUGGUAGUGGAAGAAGAGGGUGCCCUGGAAUCUCACUUGCAGUAGCGGUUGUUCAGCCAACCCUUGCUGCUAUGAUUCAGUGCUUUGAAUGGAAACUUGAGGGAGGAAAUGGUAGUGGUAUUGUUGACAUGGAAGAGGGACCUGGCUUAACACUUCCAAGGGCUCAUCCCUUAGUUUGUGUUCCAGUGGCUAGGCUCAAUCCCUUUUUAUCUUGUUGAUCAAAGAUCAAUUAAUGUUAUGGCAAAAAAGUUUUCACAAGCUUGACCAAAUGAAGAUUUUGGGACAUUACUGCAUUCCCACGUUUUAAAUA